UACCGGGAAAGAAAGCUGGCACCCCUCGGGGAAAGGGGGCUAACGGGGGGCGUCCUUUCCCGGCUCGCUUCUUCCCGCCAUUAGCUUGCCCUGAACGGUGCUUGCUUUAGACAGCCUCGUUUGCUCUUCUGGCGCGGAGUGACCGUCGCUCUUGGCCUCGAGCUCCCCCGAACCUGGCACAGGUGGCCCCUUCCCCCUCCCUCCGGGAGAGGGAGCCGCUGCGCGAGCGACGCCCCGCCCCGCCCCGCCUCCCCGGGAGGAGCUCUGGGCGGAAGGGGUCGCAGGGCUGGGCUGGCAGCGGCGCGGACGGACGGACGGACGGACGGAGGCCGGCAUGGCUGCAGCCUGCAGAAGAAUCGCCAUUUUCGGCGCCACCGGCAUGACCGGUCUGGCCACCCUGGCGCAAGCCAUCGAGGCUGGUUACCAGGUGACGGUGCUGGUGCGUGACCCAACGCGGCUCCCGGCAGAACUCCAGCCGGCGCAGGUUGUGGUGGGAGAUGUGCUGAAUAUGGGGGACGUCGACCGAGCCGUGAAGGGGCAGGAUGCCGUGAUUGUCAUACUGGGCACCCGCAACGACCUCAGUCCCACAACCAUGAUGUCUGAAGGCACCCGGAACAUUGUGGCAGCCAUGAACUCCCACGGCAUCCGCAAAGUGGUGGUUUGUCUGUCAGCCUUCCUGAUGUGGGAUCUGGACAAGGUUCCUGCCAAGCUGCGGCCAGUGACAGAGGACCACAUCCGAAUGCAGCAGAUCCUAAAGGAGUCAGGCCUGGACUGUGUAUAUGUCAUGCCGCCACACAUUGCAGGUGACCAGCCACUCACAGGCGACUACACAGUGACUGUGGACACAUCAAGCGGAUCCAGAGUCAUCUCCAAGUAUGACCUCGGUCACUUCUUCCUCAAGUGCUUGACCACCUCCGAAUAUGACGGGAAAAACGUCUACCUCUCCAGGCAUUACCCCAAGGAGUGAGAACGCCUGCAGCAGGCCUGUCCUUCCCUCUCUCUCUGCUCCCUGCAGGCAGGCAAGAGGGCAAUGAAGAAGCCUCUUCCUGUUGGCAAAAGGGAAUGUUUCCAGCGCUAACCCCCUCUCUACCCCUCCGCCUCAUGUGCCAAUGAGUGCCGUUGCCCCCUUAAUAUGAGCGUCAGGGGUGGGGAGCUGCCCCCCACCUCCCUCUCUGCCAGGAAGUCAUCUUGCUGCCAUUGCACGUGAAUGUUUUUCUCUAUUAAACAGCAGCUGAGCAGCCCUUGUGGGCGAGAUGUGGCUUCCUUGGGCUCAGCAGCCUCUUGUUGGUGCAGGAAUGAAUGAAUUUUAGAAUUACAGAGAACUAUUGGGCAGAACAACAACUUAAGUGUCUACCAGAAGGAAGUACAGUUUGUAUUGUAAGGCUGAAGAGUGACCAAUACAUGUAUUAAAUAAUAAGAUGGCUGGCCAAUGCAGUGUUUUAAAAGUUUUGGAUUGGAUUGGGAGUGGCUAAAUAUUGAAUUUGCUUGAAUGUUAAUGAAUAACCUGGCUCUAAAUGUGGCUGAGGAACCUCAGUCCAUCUUCUGUGUAACUUAAAAAAGCUUACAUAUUUGCAACAAGUUAGUCAAAUAAAAAGUAUAUUUUUGGCCUAUUA